AUGACAUCGUCGGCUCUUCCCAUGAAGCGCAGCUCCUCCGCUUUGGAAGCGGCCGAGAACAAGCGACCGAAGCAUCACUACUACCAUCACCAUCGCCUGCAUGAACCUAUCACCCUUCCGUCAGGGACUGAGCCUGCGCUGCAAGAUGACAGCAACAUCGACCAGCUUAUGAACCGUUCACUCGGGCAGCUUCUUCGCGAUGCGGGAUACGAGCUCGCAGACCCGGCCGCGCUGGCAAGCCUGCGCAGCUCAGCUGAGGAGUACUUAUCGCGACUUUCGUCGUAUGUCCGCCAGUCGAUGCUAUCGGCUCGUCGCAUUCAACCAAUCCCGCACGAUUUCGAACAUGCGCUCAAGCGCGGUCGUGUUUCCACCGGUGACCUCGAACCAUACAUUAAACCGUCGCGAUUGAGCUCUUCUAUGCCCACACUCCUCCCGUCACCACCACCCGAAGAUGAAGUCUCCCGCAAACUUCCAUUCUUGAACGCUUUGAGAGUGGAAGAGAGCGAGUCGAAUCGAUCCUACGUCCCAAAACACUUCCCCGACUUUCCGAGCAAGCAUACCUACUCUACCACUGCAGUCUUCACCGAGAGAGACAGUGAUCCGCGCAAGAUCCGAGAACGCGCUGCCGAGGACGGACGGCAUGGCGAAGAGGCUCUCCGCAACUUGGCGAGCGCUGCAUUCCGCGAUAACUCGACUAGCUCGAGUGGCAGGGAUAAGAGGCUUUGGGGUCGACGAGCGGAAAGCAUGGAGACAAUGUUUGAUAAAACGGUCAAGAGUCUGGCAAAAAAGCUGCAAAAGGAUGCGCUGGGUAACUCGACGGCUGGCAUUGCUAUGGGUUCUGAUAUGGAAAUCGACUCGGGGAUCCCAGCCGACGCUGAUGGGAAGGGACGGUUCAAAGCACCAGGGAACCUUGAGCUGGGACCUACUGUCAACUGCGAGCGGGACUUAUGGCGUCGGACAACAUCAGCAAAUGCUCGAGAGGCAGAGGACAAGACAUCCAAGUCGGCGGGGACCGCUGAGCCCGUGGAUGGUGUGAUGGCCACGUGA